AAUUUAGAAAGUUUCAAGCCAGCAACAGCAGCUGAGGAAAUAGAGUACUUAAAUAAGAUUCUUGCAAAGAUGGAAAAGUGUGAAGUGAAAGAAAAUAAUAAAGAAGGCAUAUGCAAACUUGAGAAUGCCACUAAUGAAAUUGAUACUCACAUAAAUGACACUUGUAAUAAUAAUGCUGUUGAAUCUCUAAUAGAAAGCUGCAGUGUGCUUACAAAUGUUGAAUAUAGAGGUGCUGAAUGUGAGCAAGACACUGUAAGAAAAGAAAGCAGAGAUAAAUUGGGGCUACACUUUGAAAAUUGUAGCACAAGUGAAAUUAUUCCUGAAGUAACCUCUGAUUUUAAAGCAUCAGAUAUUGAAGGGUAUGGCCUCCCCUGUGCUGAUGAUAUCUUGACUCAAGCUGAAAGUCAGCACUCAGUCAUUCAGAAAAAUAUAAGUGGCCAUGUACAAAAUGAACUUAGCACUGAACCCAGUCUUAUAAUGGCUAACCCUUCCGUUACAAAUUUGGAAGAGAAUUCCAAGCAGAUGUUUAGUUGCACUCAAAGUAAUAUUAGCUCAAAUGCUGAACUUGAAGAGAAACUAGAAACCUACAGUAUUGAAUCUAUCAGUUUAGAAGCAGUGAAUGAGAAUGGGAGCUCAGAGCUAAGCUCCAGUACAAUGGAGGCCACCGUAAUGCCUGUUAAUUGUUCAACUGAAAGUUCAUCUGUGCUUGAGUCUGGACAUUAUUCAGCAAAGGAUACUUUUGGUUUUGUUUCAGGUGAGCAUAUUUCAGGAUCAUCAAAUUUAGAUUCAGUGGAACUAGGGGAUGUUUCAACUUUAAGCAAUGUUGUUCUUGGAGACAUUGGAAGUCUCUUAAAGAGUUCAACAGAUCAUCCAAAUGUUACAGAAGAAAACAUUACUACAGAUUGUGAGACACAAGUUGAUCUUUCGAUAGUAAAGUCGGAACCUAUUUGUUCUGAUCCUGGUGAGGAGUUUAACCUCGAUGAUUUUUGUAGUGAUCCUGCUGAAGAAUUUGUGUUGAAUGAGCACAAUAUUAAGGAAGAGCCAGUUGACUCUCCACCAACUCCAGUGAUAAGCCAGGAAGAGGUGCUUUUACCAGUUAAAAUCUUUAAAAGUGAAGAUGACUCUGAUGAACAGAUCAUAACACCCAACAUUAGGUAUCUUGUUGAAGAUCAUAAACAGUAUAGCCGUGAAGAAGUUGCUGCAGCUCUGAUAAUUUCACAGUCUUCACUUUCUCCUACAAUUGACAUGGAGAUGUUUCAAAAUCUUGGAAAAACAAAGCUGACUGUUAAACUGAGUCGUUUAGAGAAUAUGAUUCUGUGUCCAAAGAAGCUCGUCUUGGAAGAUUUCAGUGUUGUUCAGUUAUUUAGAAGUAAUUAUGGUACAUCCAUCCAAGAAUGGAAAAACUUCUUCAACUUCAAGACAAACUAUUCAGUAAAACACACAGGGAAGAGAAAUAAAAGACAUGUGAAUAAUUUCUCAUCUGAUAGGAGAAAAGGCAGGAGGGGAAGGAAAAAGAAAUGCACAAUAGAAAUGGCUCAUAGUAAUUCAGCAACCAAUUCACUAGUUUUCAAAUCAGUUGAAGUUAAAGGUGAAGUUGGUGAGGAAAUUGUAAAAGGUGACUAUUUCACGAAGUGCACUGAAGAAGCCACCAAUGCUUGCCCAAAAAAUGAAGAACCUAUGCAACUGAAGGAGGAAGCAAGUGAGGAAAGUUCAUGUGACUUUGAAAAGGAUUCAAAAUUUAAGGCUGAAUCCAAGGCAUCAUUGAAAGGAAAUAUAAGUAAAAAGAGAAAAAAAAUGCCUGAUCAUGGGGAUUUAGAAAAUGUUGAAGAAAGAUCAAAUAAAUCAAACAUAAAAGAUGAAAAUGAUAUGAUACAGUGUGCAGAUAUAUCAACACACACUUUGAAAGACAAUCUGCAAGAGGAAAUUAGUGAGAAAAGAUUAGAAGUGCACCAUCAGCUAAAUGAUGCUUGUAAAACCUGCUUAGUGCAUUUGUAUGACAUAGCUAAUGAUCCUUUUUAUGGUAAAACUGUCAGAAAUUACUUAAAGCAGAGCAAUGAAAAUAGCAGAUUACUUGAACCAAUGAAAGAAAGCUUUAAGGAAGAAAUUUCUCCAUCUUUAAUUGGAGAAGAGAAUACCAGUGAAAAGGUAGACAACAGUUUUACAGGCUUUUCACCUGUACAGUUAAAAGAACAAGUAUCAUUAUUGCUGAAAAAUGUUAAGGAUUUGGUAGCUAACACAGGGAAAGUUGAUUUUGCUGUCAAAGAAAUAGAAGAAAACGCUUCAUUAAAAGAAGAAAGUGAAAAUACUCAUGAAACAGGUGAUCCUGAUGCAUUAAAAGAAGGAAAUGAAAAUACUGGUGAAACAACUGAACCUAGUGAAACUUCCAUGACAAAGAAGAAGUCAUCAGAAAUUAAUUACCAUAAGAAAGAAAUUGAUAAUGAAAAAGGAAUGGGAUUGAAAAAAGAACUUGAGACAGCUCAGAGAAAAGAAGCUGAUGUAGAAAUAAAGCUGGAAAAAGAUGAAUCUCAAAAAGAAAAAGAUGAAAGAAGAGCAAGGAAAAAGCAAAAAUUAGAAAUGAAAGAUAAAAAUACUGAAAUAGAAGAAAACUCCAAAGAAAGAAGGAAAUUUUUAACAGAAAAUGAUUUACACAGAGGUAAAUCAGAAAUAGGGCAAGAAACAGAGGGAAACAGUCAGAAAUAUGAUAAGAAAAGGGAUCAAUUUGCUGAUUAUAAGAAGAAUAAAGAAGAUAUUUUGACAAAUAAAGAUAGGAAUCCCAUUGCAUCACCAUUACCAUCUCUUGCUUCAUUCAAGAUUCCAAAAAAGAAGGUAACUCAUGUUCAGGAACUUGAGACUCAAGAACAUAAUUCAGUAUUACAUAGAAGAGGAGAAAUGCCUGCAACACAAAAAUCAGUUGGAUACUCUUCAAAUAAGCGGACAAGCAUUCAUGGCAAAAAGAGAGACUGCAAAGAGAGGGAAAGCUGUAAUGUAAGGAAUAUAAAAAAAGAUACAAAACCAGUCAUUCCUGCCCAUCCACAUCCACCUGUUGUUGAAGGUUGGGCCAAAAUGGCACGUCUACCUGUUCACAGUGGAGGCUUUUAUCCCCAAGCUGGCUUUCCUAACAUGGAUAUUAGAUGCAAAUAUCCAACUCCUGUUGCUCAUCCACAAUGUGGAAAUUCUAAAUCCCAGUUAGAAAUGGCAAACCAGGUCAGAAUGUACUCAGGCCCACAUAUGGGAUAUGCAAGACCACCUGUGAUUGCCAAAGCUGAAUAUAAUAAUUUGCCAAGUUCUAAACAUGGGGUGAUAAAUGCAGAUAAACCAGUAAAGCAAAUGAAUGUUCCAGUAAAUAUUCCGCCUCCACCUCCACUUGAAAAAUUGGAGUUUGGUUCUCCAAAGCUUGGGCAAAAUAAUGGUAACAUUCAGUCAUUGCCUUAUGAGUCAAGUCCAGUCAUGUCAUAUGGCUAUUCUAGUGAUGGGGAAAGUGAUGUGUCAGAAAUUUGUAAAACAAAGGUGGCCAGUUCACAGCCUUCACAGAUUAAUUUGACUGACAGUUCUAAUAAUGCUAAGACUGAAAUGUGUAAAGUAAGUUUGAGCAGUGCUCUGCCUUCUCUCACUAAUGAGAGUAACACACAUGAUACUGAUGUGGCUGAAAUUUGCAAAGUAAGUUUAAGUAAUGCACAACCUUGUAAGACUGAUAUAGAAGCUACCCCUAACAUGAACACUGCUACAUGUAUAUCUGAUACUUCUAGUGAAGUAAUAUUAAAAGCAAAGGAAAUUGAGCCACACUUUAAAGUGACUGCAGCACAUGAGUCUUCUAAAGACAAGGUAGAGACAACUGGAGGAGCCUCUAAAGAUCAUUAUCAGCAUUUGGAUAAAAAGCAAAAGAUCAGGUUGUAUGAGAAACGCAAAAAAUAUUACUAUGAGUCAAGGAAGAGGUAUCAUGCAGAAAAGGGAGAUAAGAAAAGAUUUUGGUAUAAGGAGUAUGAAAAAAGAAAGAAAGAGUACUAUCAUUUGAAGAUUUAUUUAUAUAAGGAGAAGAAAAGAGAUAAUGAAAACAAAGUUCUUAGAAAAAAUCAUGAGAUCCACAGCAAUGAUGAAGAUCCACAGUUAUAUAAUGAAACAGAAGCAUCUGAAUGCAGGGAAACAAGCAAUGACACAGCAAUGGAAGCAGAAGAAACUCCAUAUUCUCCCACUGCUUCACCAGUUGACUAUGAUGAAGAUGAUUACAGUACUGAUGUGCAGAGAUCAUUACUUGAUGAUGCACCAAGAAAACAAACUGUGAAAGAGAAAGAUCAAGAAAGAAACACUCCUUCAAAUGAUGAUUGUGAUGAAAACUUUUAUAAAAUUGAUGUGAAGGCAUCAUUGCUUGAUGAUGCACUGAGAAAACAAGCUUUGGAUGAAGAUCAAGAAGGAAGUGUUCUCUUGAAUUAUCCAACUGAAAAAUUGAAGGAAAUGAUAAUGCAAGUAAUGAGUACUUUACAUCAGCAGUCAGGUGAUGAUAAGUGUAAUUCAGAGAAUCAAUCUGUUGACUCUGAAGUCAAGUUUGAGAAGGGAUGUGAAUCAAAAGCAGAUGGUGAUAAAACUCAGUCAUUAGAUUCUACAUCUUCCUUUUCUUUAUUAGCAAAAACUUCAGGAUCACUUUGUGUUCCAUCUGCAUCCUUAUUAAAUCAACACACGUCUGUAACUGUGACUCCAGUUUCUGUUACAUCAGCAUUAGACAAGAUACCACACCCAGUUCCUCCCCCAUCUGCUCCUCUUUCUCUACCACCACUUCUGCUUUCAAAAUGUGUGCUUAAGGAUUCAGUGUCAACAAACUCUGCUUCCCUGAUGACUGAUUCAUCGCCACAGCCUAUAUCUUCCUCUGCUGCAGUUCUCUCUUCAGUCUCUUCAUCCAUUUCAAAUAAGCAGUUGAUUCAUGCACAGUCUUCAAGUCUAGAUAGUGUUUCAAGUACAAAAACCCUGAACACUGCUCUUCCAGUUGAAUAUUCCAUGUUUGAAAAGUCUGACCCUGAAGUCAAAAAGGAGGAUUCUGUGCUUACUUCAACACCACAAAGUGGUACUUCUGUGACAUCACUUCCUCCCUUGCCUUCACUUGAACAUGAAAAAGAAUUUGUUACAGAGUGUACAAAAGAUUCUGAAAAUGGAUCAGGACCUUCAAUUCCUCAUGAUGAAAUGUUUCCACCCCUACCUCCUCCACCUCCCCCACCAGAAGAAAAAAAUGCAAAGAAAAAAUCAGGAUCUGUAGAUGAAAAUGAGCUUGGAUUAGAGGAACAAAAUGUCUCAGAUGAUAUGACAGAAGUACCCAUGGACAUUGAUUCUGAUGAUGAAACAGGUGAUUGUCAUGAUAGUGAUGGAGAGAGUAGAGUGUCUGAUUGUCAUGACAAUAUUAGAGGUGAUAAUUUAAUAUCAGUUUGUCAUGACAUUGAUAAAGGUGGUACUGAAAUUGUCAUUUGUUGUGACAAUGACAAGGAAUAUCUGUCCAAAUUUGGUAUAUGUGAAAAGAAGUCACCAUCAUUAGAAAAAGAAAUGGAUGAAGAUGAUAGUACUGAUAAUCUUCGCUUGACAAAAUUGUUGAAGAAACUAAUGAAGAUGAGCAAUGCAAAUAAGCCAGGGGACAUAACUGAGAAAGAUUAUGGAUCCAGUGCAGGAAUGAAAGAAAUUACUACUGACCUUACUGUGGACAAAGCCAGCAGUUGCUUAGAUUCAGCAGUACUUGACCAACAAGAAGUUGAGGAUUGCAAUCCAUUGAGGGAGCAAAGUACUCCAUCAGUCCACAGUCCAGAUAUUGGAAGAACUGUUAGUUCUGCAAAAAAUAAGGAAACAAUGAAAAUGGGCCCUAGUGCGAGACAAUUGGAAGUGACUUCAGUGUUUUCAGACAAGCAAGAUGAAAAGGAGAGAUGUGAUACAACACGUGCAAAUUUCAUGAAUGAAAUAGAGAUUAUUGGAAUGAAGGAACCUCGAAAGAAUUUGAUUUGUGUGGAUGAAAUUCUUAUGUCUGUUGAGGCUGCUGAUCAUCCUCCUGACCUCCAAAUAAUCUACACUGAUCUAAGAAGUGGUCCAAGUGAAAUGAGAAACACAAUUAGGGAUGAAGUACCAAAGUACUACCAGAAGACAGCUCUUGCUCAGAUGUUGGUGGACAAAUGCAAAGACAUUCCACUUGUGGGUUUGCAGUAUGUUUUGGAGGUACGGAAGGAUCUUGACAUGACCCUUGAUGGUUGCUACUACAUAUGUGCUGUCUGUAGCAAAAAAAUGACUGCCCACACUCUGGUUGCUCACAUAAAGAGUGUUCCACAUAGGCUGAAAUUUUCAGAGACACACUGCAAGCAUAUAUAUGAUAGAUAUGCUUCAUAUGAUUUGAAAGAGUGGACAGCUUCUCUUGUGAAGGAAUUCACCUUGGAUCUUGCUCAGAUUGAAAAAAAGAUGGGGAGACACAAACUAGCAGUGGCUUUUGAGAGAGAGAUUUCAUCAGUACUGAAAUCUCUAAAGCAAAAAAUUGUUGAUAUCAGUAAUCUAAGCCAACUACAAGAGGAGAAGGCUAAAGUGCUAGUGAAUCAGGCACCAAGUUCUGUGGCCCCAGUAGCAACUAAAAGUUCCAAACCCAUUACAUCAGUUGCUGGUGAUGUCAAGGAGGUACCCCUCCCAGACUCUCCCAUGCCUAAAAGUAGUGGGAAAUCUGUUCUCUCCAAGAAUGAUAUUCCAUUGCCACCAAAGCCUAAGUCACCAGGAUCCAAGGGAGGAAACAUUAGCAAGAACUAUGAUGAUGAGGAGCAAGAUGUGGAGGAUGUUAUUGUUACUGAUGUUAAGAAUGCUGCAAAUGCCAAGAAAUUUUCAUCAAAUGGUCAAGGAUUUACAAAACGAAACUAUCGGCCUGGGCCAAAUGCACGUAGCAGGAGCAGUUCAGGAUCAACCACACCUACACUUUCACCAAGAAAAACAUGGUCAAGAUCAAAAUCACGGUCUAAAUCCAGGUCACCUAAGAGAAUGAUUUCACAUUCACCCUCCAACAAGCAAAUGAAGCAUGGCGGAUCACCACGCAGGAAGCCAGACAGACCCAUUUACAUGGCUGGCAGAAAGAGAAGGCAAUCGAGAUCUCCUGUGUCUCCACGCCACCACAGCCGUUCAAAGUCUAGCCCAAGAGAUAUACGUAAGCGUUACAGGACAAGGAGCCGGUCUCGAUCAAGACACAGAUCAUCAUACAGAAGAAAGGACAGUCGGUCCCAUCGGUCCCCCAUAAAGAGGGAAUCUUCUGAAGAAAGGGCCCGCCGUGUUGCUCGCAGGAAGUUGGAGGAUUUCCGUGAAGCUGAAGUGAGAAUAAAAGCAAGGCACAGAAACCAACAGAUUGUUUAUGAGAAGACACCUGAGUCACAUCCUCUUUACAACCGCGAGUGGAAGAUCUUUUGGGAACGUCGAUGCCGUGAACUAGAAAAGGAUGGUGUUGAUCCAUUUCUCUAUGACUUCAAGACUGAGUGGGCCAGAUUUUGGCUUCACCGCAUGAAAGAAUUAAUGGACAAAAGCUAUAAGACCAAAAGAGAGGGGCUUCUUAGGAAAUUUAGACUGGAGGAUCCUGAUUUGGAAGAAAACAAAUUGCCAUCCAAGCCCCCUAGCUCAUCAUGGAGACCCAGUGGUGAAAGUGUGGAGAGGUUAAGUCGUAUUGAUAGAUCUCCAAGUCCAUGGGAACAGGAUGAAGGUGCCCCUGGUAUUGCCAGAAAUCCCUCUCCAGUACCAAGGGAGGCAGGGAAGAGUGCAGGAACUGAGGAUUCCUCAAAAUUCAAUGAGAUUUCUACUAGUAAAUUUGAAGAUGAUUUCUCUGUAAUAGGAACUCUAAAACUUUUAAAUGAACUGGAAGAUCAGUUGGGGUCCUUUGGGCCUGCAAUUUCAACACUUCUUGGAAAAGCAGUUGAUUGUAGUCAGAAAGGCGAAGAUACUUUAGAACUAUUUAAGGAUCCUGACAAUUUGGUUCUAGUGCGUUAUGCAAGAGAAAAGUUAUCCUCCCAGAUUUCAGCUGGGAUAUUAGGAGUAACUGCUUUAGUAAGAACUCAAAUGGCUGUGGAGAGAUCAAUGUGGCUUCAGUCUCAGGCUGAAGAAUUAGCUAAUGAAGGAAAGUAUCUGGGUCUAGAUAUAGCAGGCAUUGCAAGAGCAACAUUAGGGAGAGACACAGUCCAAAUUGCACAAUACAUAGCUCAGCAUUUACUUCAAGUUGGUAAAUCAAAUGCCAGUGAGGCUGACUUACAAAACAUACUGUAUGCUGUAUUAGCAGCACACACAAAAUUAUUAGUUGAGACUUCUAAAAAGGCUCAGGUUGAUACUUCAGCCAUAGAAAGUGCAGCUCCAGUUUCUACCCCUGUUGUGACUGUCCCUAAUAAUCCUCCAAAAAAAUUGCCUCCUGCAUCCACUGAAACAUCUGAAGGUACAAAACCACCCCUGUUUCCAUCUACUGUUGGAGAUGACAGAGGUGAAGAUGAUAAGGAGGAAAGUGAUGGGGAUUCUUCAGAUAAAAUGGGUGGCUUGAGCCUGUUACAGAAUGCUUAUAAGGAAGAAAAUGGAAAGGAAAUGGAAAAUUUAUCAUUAGAGGACUUACGGUCACUUCUAGCAAAUUUUAAUUCCCUGAAUCCAGAGGAAAAGCAAGCUCUCACAACCUAUCUAAAGAAACUAGAAGCCACUGAUAGUAAGAAAGUGAUGAAAUUAAGAGAAGAAAUCCAGAAAAGUGCAAAGACUGGAGCCAAAGCUGGUAGUACUAAAUCAGCACUCAAAUCAGGAAAGUCAUCAGUACGCUCCCAAAGUGUCUCUAACACCAAUUCCAACAACCAUGCAAGUCAACAACAACCUUCAGAAGGUACACAAGAAUUAAUUCCUGAGAAAAAACAUUGUCCUGAAAUGCCUCCAUUGCAGACAAAUGAUGACAGAAGCUCAAGACCUCAUUCUAUGGAAAAUACAAACCAAACAGUUAGAGUUCCACAGCAAGAUCGAUUUAUUGGUAGUUCUGAAAUGGAUGUCAUGCAUGAAUCUCGAGGUAUGUUAGAACCAUCAGCAAGCCUUGAUCCCCCACUUAACAACAUGCCACCAGCACCAGUUGGAAUGACUGAAAUGGCACAUGAAUUUGGACAAAGCAUUAGUCGUAAUCCUGAUCAUAGACCUCAUCACAUCAAUCAGCCUAUGUUUGAAGAUAAUCGCAACCGUACUUUUCCUCCAGGACCUCCAAGACCACAAGGACCCCCAGGACCUCCUGGACCAUUCAUGGAAAGACAAGAGCCAGGUUUUGGUAUGUCAGAACCCCAUAAAUAUAAUUUAAAUAAUCCUGACAGAAACUUUGACCGUUUUGGCUAUGAACCUAUGCAGGGGCCACAUAAUCCAAUAGGUCCACAAGGUCUUGGUAGGUAUAACAGACCUCCAGAGCCCAACAAUCCUCAAUGGCAGGGAUUUGGCAGAGGUGGUCCACGUAUGGAUGACUGUCCUUUCCCACCACGAGAUGAAAUGAAUUACAAUUGGUUUGAUGAUGGACCACAACCUACAUUUGAACAGAGAGACUUUGCCCCACGGGGACGGCCAGACUACCCAUUUAGGGGAGGACCACGCCGAGGACAUCAUCCAAACACCAGACAACCAUACAGGGAACCUUGGUAAUUGCUUUUGCUGAGCUUGGUUUCAGUCAGUAUAUCAUGUUUCAAACAAACCACCUCAUUAGUUUUCUUAUGCUAAGAAAUUAUACUUACAGCAAAAUAAAACCCUGAACAAUUCCUAUUUUUGGAGUGUGUACAUAAAGAUAUUUUAUCCAAGGAAACAUGUAGGUAAAAUAAGGGACAUAAUGUUUGCCAAUAAAUAAUUUGUAAAUAUGGACAAUGUAAUACUUCAUUAUUCCACUUCCAAGUGUACACAGUUUCUAAUAAAAAAAAUUUUGAUAAUCUUA